UAAAUUACUUGUUGAUUUUUUUAAUAUAAAUGCUGGGUAAUUGCCGUUAAUUCGGAGCAAAAUACAAACAGAUAUGGAAGCAGCCUCUAUUUGACCAGCAAGUUCUGCCUUCAGAAAUUAUGUAAAGUCUCCAGGAAUCUGGUCAAAUUUAUAUAUGGAGGCUCUGCCUGCAACUUCCGUCAUGUCUCUCCUCCCUCUCUUCCUAUAACCUCUGCCGCUGUUUAUCUUCUUUCUCGUAUUCGAAACAAGCAGGAGACAGAUAGAGAUUGAGAGAUGGGGUUGGGUAAAGAUGACAAGUCGAGGCGGGGGAUUUUGAGAGGGUUGAAGACUGUGUUUUUCUUGAUUUCUAUGCUGGUGUCUCUUCUUCUAUUCUAUGCUCCUGUUCUACUUGUUCUUGCCGAUACGCUUCUCCCUUCUGCUAUCCUCUCUGUUUCCCUCUCCCCUUCCUUUCUUUCAUUUCGGUCUCUCUCGUAUCAUCUCAGUAACUACGACUUCCGGUACUCCCUCGUCGACAUCCCCCUCAUCUCCAUCGUCAGGUCGCUCGUGAUUAUAUGUGUCUAUAGCUUCUGUGACGGACCUCGGCUUUCUCGGGGGCCUUACCUGGGGAUUACGGCGGUAUGUUCAUUUUUGUCUCUGGUGUUCGUUUCAUUUAAGGCUUCCUACGUUUUUGCUGCUCCGAUUCAGAAUAGCCCAGCAUACUUUCCAGCCGCUGAAAUCGCCUUGUUCGCGUGCUCUCUGGCUUUGGCGGUCGGCCAUAUCGUCGUCUCUUACAGGAUCAGCUGCCGCGAGAGACGAAAGUUGCUUGUCUAUAAAAUCGACGUCGAAGCUGUUUCCGCGUGUCAGAAAGGGUUCCCCAUCUACCAAAAGCUUCUGCAACAAGAAAGAGUGAAGUGAAAAAACUGAAAAGCCAAGCACAAAAGUGUUUCCUUUUCUUUUCUUUUCUGCCCUGGUUGGGUUUUCAGGCAUCAUAAUUCUUUCCACACUGGCCCAAUUUACAAAGAUGGCUUCUGAAAGUGGUAAUUGAUGGAUGAUGUUUCACUUCUAAUGACCGUCACUCCUACAGCUCCUCCCCAGGAAAAGAGACGAGGUACCAUUACCAAAAGGCAAACCAAAUGGGAACCAACAAGUAAUACAAGUGCAAUGGAUCCUAUUUAAUGUAUGAACACAGAGGCUAUGAAAUGUAAAUGGUCGGCUCUAAAGCAUUUGGGCUUGAAAGAAUCAAAGAAUUAUAUUUAUUUAAUGUAUAUAAUACAUGUAUUUAUAUUAAGAAAAUUUACAAUUGUUUGUAAAGGGGCUUGCAUUCAAAUCUCGCUUUUCAGUAACAGGCCAGGAGUUGGUGACUUUGGAGCUUGUACUUGUAUAGACAUACAUUCAGUGCAUCCAUUAAUUUAGUUCUGAUAGUUAUCCAAGUAGAAGAAGAAGACAAGGGCGGCCAACCCAUGGGAUAGGCAGGGCCAAGGCCAAGGCCAAGCCAAACAAAUACGGGAGUUAGCUCCACCUCCACCACUGCUACUGCUGCCUGUACGAUGAACAUCGCACUUACCAUGGUCAUGCUUGGACAGAACAGAACAAUGCCACAAGGUUGAGCCCCACGUUACCACUAAAAGCGGGAUACACCCAAAUCUGUGCAAUGUGCGCUUCUUAGUACUUGUUACCAUACCUUGCACACCCUCUCUUUUUCCUUUCUUUCAAACUUCUUAUGUCGGUUUGAUUAAUAUAAAACGGUCUUUUCCUAUCAGUACUGCCAA